AUGGAACCGUCAUCGGAGAAGCUCUCGGUGUUCGACGUGGUGGUGGCGGCGAUCUUGAAGGGCGGGAAUCUCGAUGGCUCAGUUGAGGCGGCGCCGUCAUCGGCGAUGGUGAUGCUGUUGGAGAACAGGGACCUCGUGAUGGUGCUCACCACAUCCGUUGCUGUGCUCAUAGGCUGCGCGGUGGUGCUGGUGUGGAGACGGGCGUCGGGAUCGGCUCGAAAGGAGCUGGUGGAGCCGCCGAGGCUGACGGUGACCAAGGCUGCGGAGCCUGAGGAAGUUGAUGACGGCAAGCAGAAAGUUUCUAUCUUUUUUGGGACGCAGACUGGUACCGCAGAAGGCUUUGCUAAGGCAUUUGCUGAGGAAGCUAAGGCUAGAUACCAGGAGGCUAAAUUCAAAGUAAUUGACUUGGAUGAUUAUGCUGCCGAUGAUGACGAGUAUGAGGAGAAGCUGAAGAAAGAGAAAUUAGCAUUCUUUUUCCUGGCUUCUUAUGGAGAUGGGGAGCCUACUGAUAAUGCGGCAAGGUUUUACAAAUGGUUUGCGGAGGGACAAGAGAGAGGAGAUUGGCUUAAGAAUCUAAAGUAUGGUGUAUUUGGUCUUGGGAACAGGCAAUACGAGCAUUUCAAUAAGAUUGCAAAAGUGGUGGAUGAUGUUAUGCUUGAGCAAGGAGGGAAUAGGCUUGUCCCAGUGGGCCUUGGAGAUGAUGACCAGUGCAUUGAAGAUGACUUUGCCGCAUGGCGUGAGCUAUUGUGGCCCAAGCUGGACAAAUUGCUUCGCAAUGAGGAAGAUGCUACUGUUUCCACUCCAUACACCGCUGCAGUUUUGGAGUAUCGUGUUGUGUUUCAUGAUCAACAUGAUGGGAAACCAUCAGAAAAUGGCUCAACCAAUGGUCAUGCUAAUGGUAACACUGUUUAUGAUGCCCAGCAUCCAUGCAGAGCAAACGUUGCUGUGAAGAAAGAGCUUCACACCCCUGCUUCUGAACGUUCUUGCACACACCUGGAGUUUGACAUAUCCAGCACUGGACUUGCAUAUGAAACAGGGGACCACGUUGGUGUCUACUGUGAGAAUUCGAUCGAAACUGUAGAGGAAGCUGAAAAGUUAUUAGGCCUGUCUCCACAAGCUUACUUCUCAAUUCACACUGAUAAAGAAGAUGGUACCCCUAUCAGUGGAGGCUCCUUACCACCUCCUUUCCCACCUUGCACUUUAAGGACAGCACUUACACGAUACGCAGAUCUCUUGAGUGCUCCCAAAAAGUCUGCUUUGAUUGCCUUAGCUGCAUAUGCUUCCAACCCAACUGAAGCUGAUCGCCUCAGAUAUAUUGCGUCCCCUAGCGGAAAGGAGGAGUACACUCAGUAUGUAGUUGCAGGUCAGAGAAGCUUACUCGAGGUCAUGGCCGACUUCCCAUCAACCAAGCCUCCUCUAGGUGUUUUCUUUGCAGCAAUUGCUCCUCGCCUGCAGCCCAGAUUUUAUUCUAUCUCAUCCUCCCCAAAGAUUUCACCAUCAACAAUCCACGUGACUUGUGCUCUGGUUUAUGAGAAAACACCAACAGGACGUAUACACAGAGGCGUGUGCUCGACAUGGAUGAAGAAUGCCGUGCCUUUGGAGGAAAGUAAAGAUUGCAGCUGGGCCCCUAUAUUUGUGAGGACCUCUAAUUUCAAACUACCUUCUGAUCCUAAAGUGCCGAUUAUAAUGGUUGGCCCUGGUACUGGCUUGGCUCCAUUCAGGGGUUUCCUUCAGGAAAGACUAGCUCUAAAAGAAUCUGGAGCUGAACUUGGUCCUGCUCUAUUAUUUUUUGGGUGUAGGAACCGUCAGAUGGAUUUCAUUUAUGAGGGGGAGUUGAACAAUUUUGCCAAGGCUGGGGUAGUUUCUGAGCUUGUCCUUGCAUUCUCACGUGAGGGGCCCACUAAGGAGUACGUGCAGCACAAGAUGGCGGAGAAGGCCGACGACAUCUGGAAUAUUAUCUCUCAGAAAGGUUAUGUUUAUGUCUGUGGGGAUGCCAAGGGUAUGGCACGCGAUGUCCACCGUACUCUUCACACUAUUGUGCAAGAGAAGGGAUCUUUAACAAGCUCCCAAGCCGAGGGCAUGGUAAAGAAUUUACAAACCACCGGAAGGUAUUUACGGGACGUGUGGUGA